ACGAACAGACAUAUAGUCUAUAAAAUGCCCCGUUCUGGUAAGGAAGGGAACGGGUACAGGCAUAGUAAUCUACGAUUGAAGGAGAUCUUUACCCACAAUGAAGAUGAUAGGCUCCAUACUGAAACGACGCGCGCCAAGAAGGGCAAGGAUGACGAAUAUAGCAAAGAGGAUAAUAUACACUAUAUACAAAAAGAGGACUCCAAUAAGGGGUACACCGAAGAAGUCGAAGAAUAUUCCAUAAAGGAUCACUAUACAAAAAAAAAAAACUCUAACAACACAAAAUUUACUAAAGAGAAGACGUCAAUCGAUCCGAAAAUCGUCAUGGCCUGCUGGGAAAAGGCAGAUGAGUAUGUGAAUCAAAUCAUAAAAGCUCAGGAUGCUGCUAUCGACCACAAUACCAAUGCAUCGGACAGAGAGCUCAAGGAAAAGGCCUCCAAAAGGAACUUCUAUCACAAGGCAGAGGCCCAAAUUAGGCCAGAUAUUUGCUACUCCUCCGAACAGCCUUCCGAACAGGCAAAUGAUUACUCUGACAGCAUCCUCAAAGAAGAAAUAGACUCUUCGAGUGAUCAGGAUACAACGGCUUGUCCAAGCGACCAAUCCACUGACAAUUCUUUGAGCUACAGUCAAGUAUUUAGCGAGAUUUACGAAGAGUCCAUAACGCGUCAACAGAGGGCGGACAAACUCUGUCGUGCCUACAAUCUGAGUAAAUCUCCACACUAUGCCGAAUAUAGGUCCUAUCGAACGGACGAAGAAUCGGAGGCAUCCACAUUCAGGAGUUUGAGUUCCGAGUGCUUCAGCGAUGUGGCACAUAAUCCUGAAGAAGCUGAUGAUCAAGCGACAGAUGUGCUCAAUUAUGAUAGCAUCAAAGCAAAGUUCGUCACCUCUUUAGAAACUUUUUAUAAUCCCGAACAUGAGGAGCAGCAAGCGGGUCCGGAAGAGGAGACUACAGCUACAAAUAGUAGUGUCGAUUCGGAAUGCUCUAGCGUUUCUGGUAAUAUAUCCCAAGAUUCCGAUGAUCAGUCUAGUGGUGAGCUCGAUUACGAUGCUCUCAUUCAGGAGCAAUUGAGGAUCAUAAGCGAGUAUGAAAACAAGGAUGCCCUAGAUAGCGUGAGGAGCUCAUUUAGACGAUCGAUAACCAGCGAUGUGGUAGAGUUUGAUUCAGGGCAGAGUGGAGAAAGUGAAGCGCAAUCGCAUUGUAGCUCUAAUGGAGAACUAUCGCCUAGGCUUUCACCAAGGCAAUUAGCUAGCAGCUCGAGCUCAACAAGAAGCCUCAAAGAAUUAAAUGCAGGGCCAAGCCAAUUAUAUUCGUUUCGAUCUCUCAAAGACCGGUGUGAAUACUCUUCUCGUGGAAUACCAAUAAAAUCACAAGAACUCAGAAAAAUUAACGAGAAUAUCAGCCCUCAGAGAGAUCAACUCACGGAUCAGGAGGAGAUUUUGGAAGCGGAAAGCAGUGACAGAGAGAUGACAGAUCGAACCUACAGCGACAGUUCCACAUCAUCAACGAUAUCGCUAGCUUCCGUACGAAGAGAUUAUCUGUGCGGCAGCACAGGUCAUCAUCAUUAUCAUCAUCAUCGUCGUCAGCGUCGCCUUGAAAGUGUGCCCAAGGCAUAUCGAGAUCGUGGAAGUAGUCCCAUUAACAUUAAGACGGCGCGAUUCCGCCCCAUGUCGGAGACAGUUGACAGUCAAAAUGAGAAAAGUACGGAUAGUUUCAGUACCAAAUCGAUUGCUUCCAUUGCGAUACAAUAUCCCAGCGAUGAUGAGCAGAAGGAUCCGAAGACGUCCCGAAGUUGCUUGGGUGUAAGUUUAUACAAUGCUGAUGAGGCACUGGUAGAAUUGGCAGAUUUCAAUUGUCCUUUGGUCAUGGGUGAGAGUUCAGAUUACUUGGACCUAUCGAUCUCCGACGAUGAGGAUCACAUCACUUCUAAGCUAUUGGCUGCAGCUCUGACCUCCAGAAGUAAAAGUAGGAGCACCAGUGCCAGAAGCACUCCCAAAGAUGACCAUGAGUCGAUCAUGAGCUGUAGGCCAAGAGUAGCGUUCAAGCGACGCUCAGAGACGGAGGAGGGCCACUGUAGGAAAAACCGUUUAUAUAGAAUAGCCGAGGGCAUUCUGAGUGCCUCUUUGCAAAGAUAUCAACAUAUGACAGUGGAAUACGAGAUGGCCAGUGGAGAUGAUGAUGAUGAUCCAUUACAUUUUGAUAUCUCUUGCAAGAUUCAGACAUUGGAGUUCAACAAGAAGUUCCAGCAUCAGCUGCAUUCUCUCAAAGAGAUUUUUCAAUGAAUCGUUAUAGCCAAUAUAUAUUUUGUAUG